GCAGGCGUGGGGCGGCGAUGGCGAGCGCGCGUCUGCUGAGGACGUGCGCGAGAGGAUGCGCCGGCAGACCGACGCGGGGCUCCGAGACGACCGGUGCCGGCCGCUCACAGACCUCGAGCUGCAGGACAUGUGGGGCGAGGCCGAGUCGGACGAGGAGCUGGAGCAGCUGCGGGCCCAGGUGCAGCAGCGGCGGGCCACCGCGGAGGAGAGGGCCCCGACCGCCCCGGCGAGGCCGCCGCGGCGCCCGCCGAGGCAGCGGCGGCGGCGGCCGCCUCGGCCCCGCCCCCAGCGCGGCCGUGCUCCUCCGCUGGCGCCGACGCCGCCCACGCGCGGAGGCCCUCGAGGAAGGGGGGAUGGACGCGGGCGGCGCGGCGCGUGGACUGCGUGGCCGCGGGCGCUCCGCGGCCCGAGGAGGGCGCCGCCGCGCAGCAGCCCCCAGCGCCGGCGCGCGAGGGCCCGCGGGCGCCCCCGGCGGCCCCGCUGGGCCCCGUCCGGCCCCCCCGGCCAGCCUCGCCGGCGGCGCUGA